GGUGGAAGUCUGGGGGGGGGAGGGGAGAGUAGGGGAAGAGGCUUCCGCUAUGGCGUCUGCAGCGCGGCUUUGGCGCCGAGGAGGCUGCGCUGUGAGGACGCCGCUCCUCUGGGGGGCUCCGAAGGCGAGACUCGGCUGGCGGCGCCAAGUCGCUUCGGGGCGAAGAGGAGGGGGAAGCGAGGUGCGGUUGCGCUCCGACGUGCGCUCAUCCUUAGCUUUCUCUCCCUGCUCCCCUCCCCUCAGUGUCUCCUUUAAAGUGUGUUCUGGGACGGCGGCCUUGCAAAAAAAAAACCAAACUUGUCGGUGGAAAUCUCGGCUUUAGAGUGAAGGUUUACUCUCUAACACCCCCCUCCCCCGCGCCUUAUUUCCUCCCUUUCUACUCCCCCCUCCUAUAUCUUUGAGUGCUGGCUGUGACAACUAUAGUUGAGCGCUCCUCGGCUAGGGAAAUCAUAUGUUUUAGUUGAGAUUCCUGCAUUGCGGGGGGUUGGAUUAGCUUGACCCUCUGGGUCCCUUCCAACUCUACAAUUCUCCGAUUCCAGCGGCAGCGCAAGCUGAGUUUGGUUUCUUCCGGGUAAGAGCACUAGAGACGUAUGGAGCUCGUAAUGUUCACUUUAAUGGUGAAGAAGCUGAAGAACAUGUGUUCACAUUGAAACAGUUCUUUUGAAUAUGAAAAGGAAACAGGCAGGUCGCAGCAUGGCAGAUUGCCCAGUUAAAUCUGUUAAACCUAUUGCACGUAGCUGCUAAGAUCACAGGUUUGCUUUAAACAUACUCAUUUAUAUUUUGAGUUAACGUAUCCAUGCUGCUUUUAAUUUUCCCUCCUUGCAAUACUGUUGUGAAGGUAGUUGGCUGAACUAGAGAGGGAGGGCUUGUUAGCCAACAGGUGGGCAGGAAAAGGAGCCUGUUGCCAGGUAGACAGAAAAUUGGGAGAGGUCUGAGAAAGGGCCAACAAGAGUCUCUUAGACACCCAAGUGGUUUAAUUUUGGGGGGCAUCAGCCCUCGUGUCUCUAUAACCAGGUAGGCUGUGAUAGUGGGGACGCAACAAGCUAGUAGUAAACAAGGACACCAAGUAGUAGGAUAAUCCAAGAUACAAAACCCAACUUCAAAUCAUGUUUCUGAUUAUGAUUAAUGCCUGGUUGGAUUCAGACGUACAAAGAAUCUUAGUUUUUUGUUACAUCAAGACUAAGCCUAAACAUGAAAUUCUGUUCACACUUCCCUGGGAAUGAGCCACAGUGGUACUUACUUCUGAGUAAGCAUGCCUAAGAUUGCACUGCACAUAUAUCCUUGGGCUCACAGAAGUAACCCAAGCCAUAUUUUAGUACUGUACUGGGUAAUAAGCAUAACUGAAAGUUUUGUAAAAUGAGAGUGCCUUCCUAACUUACAGGACUUCGUUUGUAUGCAUACAGCCCAGUCUAACUUGUGUUUACUCAAGUAGAUGCAAUGUUUCUUUUCAAGUUGCAACUAAAUAUGGUUAGGAUUGUAGCCUUUGUCUCUCUCUUGUUAGGUGCUAGAACAGUCCAGAUUUUUCAGAAGAGGAGUUGCAUUCUCAGCACUGUCCUACUUGAGUUAUGAAGCAUACAUACUAAUCUCUCACUCUAGUGUGGUUCAUGCUGAUGUCAAAGGUAAGCUGAGGAAUUCAGAGGCCUGGUUUUUACAAAACACUAAAGCAAGUCAUUGCUAAAUAUGAAGGUGUUCCUUCCCGAGUCCUGCGUUUGCUAUGCUACCCAGAGCUAAGACCUGUUUGGCUUAAUGUUAUGUCUGAGCAUGAGCUUUUGACUUGUGUCCCCUCCCCCACCAAACCGCAAGUGGUAAGCCAAGAAAAAACCAUGCCAACAGCUCAUGGAACAAGACAAAUCACAUGGCUUCGAACAUGAUGCUAUACCAGACCAUGGGUAGUGCAGCAGCAGCCUGGCUUGCAGUGGAGUGAAGUACCAAUUUUUACUGUGGGUAUACACAUGCUUACAUGCUCAUGUUUAGCCAUAGUUUGGCUUAGCGUUGCUUGUGCAUUGUGAUGGGCAGUUGUAAAACUAGUUACCAUAGGAUCCUUUUUCUAAACUCCUGUCUUGUAUUUGUUUUUUCCAAAGCUGUAAGUGAAAUAUAAUGAAGACUAUGAUCAGUUGCUUUAGCAAAAUGGAAAUUAAGCUAUCAGAUAUUUAUGCCACUAUGGUUGCAGUGUGCUUUUUGACCCUUUGAAAGCUCUCAGAAACUUAACAGUCCAAAGAAGUCGGGUAAUAACAGGCUUAAAUGAAGUCAGCAAAAGGAGCAUUAGUUAGCAAGAUGAUGAUAUGUAAGCUCAGCCAGAAGGUCUUGUUUAGCAGAAUUAUCUCCAUUGCUGUAGUCCUUGCUUUUUUGUAUAUUUAGAUAACAGGAUGUUCUGUAAUAAUAGUGAUAUAACUUGCAAUGCUUUAUUUUUUAAAAAUGAAAAACCUAUGAAUAUGAUCCAGAGAGAGACCUGCAUAAGGCUGCUGGCAGCAAUUGACUUUCACUCCCCUCCUCCUCCUGGCAGCCCCUGAAAAAGCUUAGGGACCUCUUCUCAAUGGGUUGGGCUAUGUUGGGGAGCUUUGAGGGGGAAGGGCAGAGGCACUUUCCAUGAGCAGGGAAGGGGUAGGAAAGUCAACUUUUACCCGCCCUCUUCUUCAUGUUAUUCUCCGGAUCUAACUCAGUGUAUAUUGUAUUUGUCUUUACAAACAGUUUUCUCCACAUUAUUGUACAUUUAUGAAUGCAGUUUAUUUCAUUAAACACCUUGAUAUUUAGACAUCUGUCAUACUUCCUUUCUGGUACACUUUGUUCACUCAAAGUGUAUUUGUUGUAUUUUUUUCAUAAAAAGUGACAAACAAAUGGACUAAAUAAUAACAAUAUCUCAGUUGCUUUUGUUCUCUCCAACUCCCCUGGCUUUUGUGCCAGCAAAUAAUGAUUAGCAGUAUGCAGAAGUCCUGUACUAUUGUGAGCACCCUAAAAAUGACAAUUUUGAAGAAGAAAAAUUGGUGUUGCUUAGAAAUAAGCCCCAAACAGACAAAACACCCACAGACACACCCAAAACAAACAAAACACUAGUAACAGAAGUAGGCACGCUUUGCACACAGACACACACACACACCGAGAGAGAGAGAGAUAAAACCCACACAAAUAAUACAAAACAAGCAGUACAAAAAACUAGGUAGCAUUCCAAAAGAACACCCAUUCAAAAAAGAGAUAGGCAAAAUGCCCUCUCCCAUCCAAAAAAACCAAGUAAAUAAAACAGGCAACUCCCUGUUGAUAUUCAAAUCUUGUUCCUGUCAGUUUGUUACUGGAAAGAAACCAAUAUUAUUUGCAUGACAUAGUUAGUGUGGCACUUAGUAAUAAUUCUUCACUGUGCCGGAAAUAGACAUAGUGCUAUUUAACUUUAGCUGAAUUGUUCUUCUCUUAGAGCUAUUUAUACAUGAAAGAUGGAAUAGCAUAGUCACACUUUUUUCUGUUUUAACCAACCUUAAGUUAAUGAAGUCCUAGAUCAAGCAGACUACCUAUAUGGGAGUGGGGAAACCGAAAAGCUCUAUCAGUUGCUGGAACAAUACAAAAACAGGUAAGUGAUUGUAGCAGACUCCCUCUGUACUCUGGUCGCACCUGCCACUUUUUAUGAGGACAGCCAUUUCUGUGGGGCAGAACAUAAUGGGACAGGGGAGAUAAUUCUUAAAGGAUAUACUUGACUGGUCAAAUUUAGGGCAGCCAUGGAUAUCAUUUUGUUUAAGAAUCUAAUCAUACUCCAACAUCCUGUUCUCACAAUAGCCAGUCAGAUGUGUAUGGAUGUCUACAAGCAGCACUUUCUCCACUUGUAAUUCCUAACAACUGGUAUUCAGAGGCAUAUUCAGUAGAGGUAGAACACAGCAAUCAUGGCUAGUAGCCAUUGAUAGCCUUGUCUUCUGUGAACUUGCCUUAAUAAUCUCAUUAAGCCAUCCAAAUUGAUGACCAUCACUGCAUCUGGCGGGAGGAAAUUCAAUUCUCCCACUUCCCCUCUGUAACAUGAAAUCUCCACUCCCCAACACAUGCAGUCUCAUCUCCUAUAUGAAGACAAGAAUACCAAGCUAGUGCUAUUGUGAUAAGACUUAACAGUCAGCAUGUCAAAAGUAUUUGAAAUGCUGCACGAAUUCUUAGUUAUUCUUCCAACAACUCUGUAAUAGAGGGCAAGAACAUCCCCGUGGCAGGUGGUAUUUAGGACUGGGCUGAGAAAAGUAGUGCUGUAUCAACCAUUCUUUUAUCAAUUAAUGAGAAAAUAUAUUGCAUUAAAAUUGCGAAAAGAGAGAGAAAUUUUUAGAAAAAUAAUAUUGUGGGAUGCAAGGUUUUUGUUGUAUUUAUCUUACUUUCAAUGUGGCCAACGUGGUCCUUUCUUUCAUUUCUCAAAUCAUCUUUCAGUUGUCUGCUCUCUGCAGUCUUCCUGGGUGUCCACAUUUCCUGGGGGGAAAACCACACAUCUUCAUUUGAACUUUCCUGUAAACAUAGAGGGGGUGCUUAUUGUUGCUUUUUGUGCUUACUUUGAAGACUUUUCUUACUGUUAAAAGAAUCUGCAUGGGGUGUUUAUUUUUUAUUUAUUUAAGGUAGAACUUCACUUAAAGACAAAAUCAGCAAUUCACAAUGUUUUUAUGUGCUUGGUAGCCAGCCUCCCUAAUUUCCCAUGCUUUGAUUUUAGCUCAGGGCUUUUUCAUAUCAGGAAGUGUAGGCAGUUGUAGAGGUUGAAGAUCAAUUGAGAAAUGUUUCAUGAGAAAGGAAAAACCCACCGAGCGCAACCUCGUAACAAUAAGGUAAAAAUUCCCCACCAAAACUCUAAAGUGCUGUGAGAAAAAAGGAGAGAUAUGGAAGCCUCUUUUGCAGCAGAUGAAAGCAUUUGAGAAAUUAUUGUAGUUCUUUUCAGGGAGAAGUUUGCUAUUAUGAAGCUGCUUGUUUUAAUAGCUUUUAGUUUUAAUUGAAAGACUCUACUUCAAGGCGUGUUAUCAAAACCUUAUUUCGGAUCAUAGAGUGGAGUCCAAUGUAGUGGUAAGGUAAUUGUUCCAUCAGCGCAAUAAUUUCUGCUAGUGCAACAGAACAUUCUUCCCCUCUUCUCUCCUCCCCUCCACAUUGCACAAGCAAACAUUUUUAUGCUGAUGGGACAUGUUAGUAGAAUACUGCCCAUAUAGGUUGCCUUCUGCUGCUAUUCAUGGUCCAAAACUAUUUGAGCAGUUAGAUUGAUGUACAGCAGUACAUCAGUGGCCUGGCACACAUGACACACUAAGCCAAAUCUUGUCUUAACAAGACCAUGCACACAUGUGGGCUCCUGGAGAGAAGCUUUCACCCACUUCGUUUGUCCUUGAUCCUUUUUGCUAAGCCAGGAUUUGGCCUUACAAGUCAUCCAAAUUGAGGCUCAUGGUUCAGCCCUUUCCUCACUAACCAUGAGCUGCAGUCCAGGUUUGUUUUUUGGCUGCAGCUUGCUCCUAGUGAGAGAUAAACUACAGCAGCAUGGCAAAAAGGACCCAGGGAAGAGCAAAGCAGCUGGGUGCUCCUUUCUAGGAACUUGUAGAUUUUCAGCCUUUCUAAGCCAACAUUAGGCUUAGUGUGCCAUGCAGACUAUCUACAUAUUGCUGCUUUUGCUAACCAUGGGUCACUCAAAUGGCAGUUUACAAACCGAGUCUAACUGUGGUUGCAUAUGGAACUAAAUGUGCUUAGUGUCAUUAUUGGUACAGAAAAUUAUUAAUUGCCCCUUGGCCAGCUCUGAAAGUAAAAGUUGGGGGAUGGGCUGGGGAAUUCGCACAUGAGGGGAAAUAGCUUAUGAGCCCACAGCAUCCCUGACCUAACUAUAGUUAUGUUUCUUCGAUGGUUAUUAACUCUGGCCUGGUAAUGAUCAGUGCAUCCUGUUGUGUUUCCUUAUAACUAGUGAGAAUGCACAACUGUUGUGGCGCCUGGCACGAGCAUCACGGGACGUGGCUCAGCUUAGUCAAACUUCGGCAGAGAAAAAGAAGCAGCUGAUCUAUGAGGCCCUUGCUUACGCCACAAAAGCACUUGAGAAAGAGAAAUCAUGUUUCAGUGUGCAUAAGGUAAGUGUGGCUCACUCCAUUUACUGGGCUCCAAGACUAAAGCGAGGGUGUGGCCGUGUAGAUCCUGCAAAGGCAACCCCUGACCAGAGGUGGAUCCACUCAGGAUCAAAUGCAGUAGCUAUUACUGUAGACAGAUAGACUCCAAGAAAACAUAGAUAAGAACUGGAAAUAGGGCAGCUCUGGAGAGGCAGUUGUUUUUCUCACAAAGGCCAGGCAGAGACUGAGAGGCUUGUGUGUGUUUUCUUGUUGUUUUUGCUAAAACAGACAAUUUGAUUGUUCUUGGUCAUCAUCUGGGCUACAGGAUACAUCUGGUGGCUCUUCCUCUUUAGUAGACCCCUCUUUCUGAAUGGACCUCUGGUUCUUCGGUUUGUUUUCAGCUAGACGAGUGCUCCUUUGCCAGUUCAGUGUCUCCCAUAGGGGGUCUCUCUCUCUCUCUCUCUCUCUCUCUCUCUCUCUCUCUGUGUGUGUGUGUGUGUGUGUAAGUCUGGAUCUAGAGUUAUGUUGUGGGGUGAAUUGGCUGCUUAACGGCUCUUCAGGUAUAUUGAGGAUUUCUCCAAGGUCCCAGUCCUCCCCAGAUGAGAUCCCUCCCAAUUGUUCCUUGAUAGUAAACUAGACAGAACAAUUUAAUAAGCAUUUGCUCCCAGCCAUAUAGUAAUAGAAAGGGGAAUGGCUACAAUUUCUAUAGAUUUUUCAAAAUAAAUAAAAUUAUAAGGGAUGGAAAUGGGCCUAUUUCAGUUAAUUUGAACUUUGUUAGGAUUAAAUGUCUAGAAACCCAACAGCAGUAACAGUGGGAAAACUCAUCCUCUUGAAAAUAACUGUGACUGGUGAUUUAAAUCAUAGCAGAAUUACUGAACUAAAUCUUUUCAUAUAUUAUUUUUAAAAAUUGAUAGAGAAUUUGUAUUUCCUAACAUGCAGAAUAAUAGCAAUUGCAUAUUUUCUGUUAAAAAUCACUAAAAUCUCAGUACUCCUAAGUUCAAUUAUGUACCUCUCCUUUAUAUUUAGUGGUAUGCAAUCUGCCUCAGUGAUGUGGGAGAUUAUGAAGGAAUAAAGAAAAAAAUUACCAAUGCUUUUGUUAUCAAAGAACACUUCCAGGUAUAUAAAAUUAAGUUUCCUGUCUUGUGUCUGUUUGCUCAGUGUUUGGCAUAUAGAUAGAGAGAUAGAUAGAUACAUAGAUAUAGAUAGAUAGAUAGAUAGAUAGAUAGAUAGUAGCACAAGCUUCCAACUAGUUAUCAGAAAUGUUUCCAGACUUAAACACAGCACAAAGGAGAGAUUGUUAUUUGCUCUAACACAGGGAACUAGUUCGACACAUUUUACAAACGUGAAUUUAAGGACCAGGCAUACAAGCCAUUUUAAACUUUCAUGUGGUCUCAGUAUAAACAAAGACCUUUAAAGCUUAAAUAAAUGUGUGAGAAAGAGCAUCUGGAAUGCUUUUUUGAGAAGGAUGUGAAUGUGUUUGAGGCCAUAGAUUCCUCAGGAUUACUCCAGCAAAUGGACUUAAAUUUAACCUUUAAAUGUGAAUAGUGCCCCUUUAAAGAGCAGUGUUUGGUGGAGGAAUAAUAAUAGGCCUAACUCAAAGCAGUCUUAAUAAUUUAUGUAUUUAAUAAUUGAUCUACCGCAAAGGUGUAAUGGGCUAAAUAUUAUUGAACAAAUAGGAUAUUUCCUUUCACCAGAAACCUAAAUGUAAAAUGCAGUGUUUUCUUCAGACAGGCAAAAGGUUCAGGAAUAUCAUCUAGGCACUGCUGCAGGUUGGAAGGGUGAUUGUGGGAGCAAUAGAGGCUAUGGGGUUAGUGUUAAAAAAAAACCCUGAUAGGCUUUCAUUUGUUGCCUUUCCUUGACAGAAAGCGAUAGAACUGAAUCCAAAGGACGCUACAUCACUUCAUCUUAUGGGCAUUUGGUAAGAUUUUUAAGCAAAAUCAUACUUGUGCCACCGCUGUUAAUGAAAUGCAAAAUGUUUGGACAGAAACUUUGCAAAUUCCACCUGAUUCUCUUGGCACUGGCUUAUAAGCAGCAUUAUAAGACGCCCUAUUACAAUGAACCAAGUUUGUAUUGGCAACCGUGCCGAUAUAGACAAAUUUGCAAUAAGGCAUUGUAAAGCAUUAUUAGUAUUCUAGAUGGAAACAGAAGUCUAUUUCCACCCAUCAUUACCAUUUGGGCCCCUGUGGAAUUCUGUAGCUAGAUAGUUUAGAAUGAAAAUAGAAAGCUUAAUAAUGUAUUCAAAAUAAUACACAGAUAAAUACUAUGGGAAAAUUAACAGCAACUGAAACAUUUUCCAAGACGUUUUGGGCACCAUUUCAAACACAGCUCAGUUUCCACUUUCAAAAGAGCAACAUUCCCAUUUUGGAGUCUCAGGAAACGUGCUGUGUUCUGCUUCUUACAUGGAUUGCUUUGAUUUUUUUGGUCAGACUGCAUACAAAACUGUUUUUCCCCACUCACAUUUUUUUUUUUUUUGCCACACUUCCUAAUCCUAUUGAGAGACCUAAAUUGCUUUUGGCGAUUUCCCAAGUUCCUAGUCAUCCUCUUAAGAGAAUCACCUCCUUCCUGCUCUGCUUAAUGGUUAUAAGUGGCUCAAUAUUUCUGUUCAUUAGCAUAAGAAAUUGAAAACUCAUUAGCGUACACUUCCCUGUUAGGCCCUCCACAAACCCUGCCUAUUGCUGCCCUGAAAGACAUUAAUAUGGCCAUGUGGCAAGAGGCCAUUUUGAUCAAAUCCUUGAAAGGGGGGCAAGAUUGGGAGCUUUUGUCUUUAUUCUUUUUUCUUCUGAUGCUUGUUGAGAAGGCAUGGGUGUCCAGAAACAUUUUGAAGCAGCCUGACCGAGAAUUAUAGGCACCCCCCCCUUUAGGUGCAUUCAGAUCACUUGCGACUGCAAAUACAUGUGGCGCCAGAAACCCAGAAAUGGGAGAGACCUGAAGAGCCUCAACAAAGCCCCUCUGUGCCUCCAGCUUGUGAGGAGACCCUCCUUGUAGCCUGGAAAGGAUGCCUGCACAUGAUGGAGAUACCUGCCUGACUCUCCUGGACUUCUUUGCCUGUAAUUAAAAGUAGGCACAUGAGUUGUUGUUUAAUCUGGAGGUGUUUUCCUGCACCGUUUUCCUGCUCUAAAUAUCCCCCUGAAACAGUUGUUAGCCCUAUGAGGAGGGAUGCCUGUGUCCUUUUUAUUUUGGGGCUUUGAGAAACAAUUUUCGCUUAAGUCAUGCUGUUUACUGACACUGGACUUUAAAAUUUCACUUGUAGAAUAGGUGGGUAGCAUUCAUUUGACUGAGUUGCAGCUGACUGCUACGUUCUUUCUGUUUUUGCGGCACUUGGUGUGCUACACUGAAUUAAUCUGUUUGGGAUGCAACCUUGGAGGGUUAGCCUAGUAGAGUGUUUGGCCUCAUGUGAUUUCAGGUAGAGCAUAAUAUGGGCUUUGCGUUGAAGCCAGAGGUGAUUGCUCAGACAUGUAGAACUCUCACCGCUUUUGAAAAUACUAUCCUUUGCAUUCCACUGUCAUCUAAAAGUAUAGUUUUGGUAAUGUAUAAAUCUGAUAGAAACUGAACAUCUUGUUUGUGCUAAUGAGCAAUGUAUUGCUCUACGGAAAACUACCUUUAAAAUCGGUGUUGUCUAAAAUGAGGGGAACCUCAUUAAAGCUUCUUCAUAGAUGGUAUCUCACACCUUUAAGAUUGUCCUGCAUGACUAAUAAUGUCUUAUUCAAGGGUCUUAUUUUCAUGGCAGAGUUGUAGUCAAAUUUUGAACUAAACGUCAUUUGAGCUUAUGGAAUGAUUUACUGAAGUGAACCAAUACAGACAUUUGAGAUAAUUUAUAACUUUUAUUAUUGUAGGAUGUUGAGUCAACCAAUGUGUUGUGAUGUUUUUUGUUGGUUGUAUAGUUCUCUUGACCUAAAAGUGAAUGAAAACAUUCUCCAAACAUGCAUACAAAAUGUCAAGGUGUAAAGUAUACAACGUCCUUUUGCAUUUCUUGUAGGUGUUAUACGUUUGCUGACAUGCCAUGGUAUCAGAGCAAAAUAGCUGCAGCUUUAUUCUCAACGCCACCCAGCUCCACCUAUGAAGAGGUAUGGUACCCCAACAGGCUAUGCAUCGAUUUUUCUUGGUUACUGUAUAAUAAUUAAAGCAUAGAACGAAAAGGGCGUGGAAGGUUGCACUCAUCUUAAACUGUAAGGUUGUCGUGCGGUAAACAUGAGCAUACUGAUCUGACAGAACCAGAGAUUUUGAAAAAUAAAUGUAGCUAUAUUCGUGACUGCUGUUUAACAAAAUAAAUUGGGAGGGCAUCUGCUGUCCUUCAUGUGUUGUUGAACUACAGUUCUCUUCACCCCUGACAACAGGCUAUGCUGGCUGGGACCAGUCGGAGCCAGAGUCCAGCAUCACGCGGAGGCCACAGGUUCCCCACAUCUGGUUAAAACUGUACUUUGUAAAUAAAUAUGUUCUUCUAAAAAGGUAUAAUGGGUGGGGGGACACUUGAAGCACACACCCAUUUCACAGAAUGGAUUCGUAAACAUAGCAGUUACCUUGCACAGUGGGCUAUUCCCUGGAAUAUUUUAGCCCACUGCUGGAGGGAUUUUGAUUAUUUCAGGUUAUUUUUCAGCCAUACUCUAACUUUAAUACCAAUAUUUUGCAGGCUUUACGUUACUUCCAGAAGGCUGAAGAUGGUAAGUUACGUAGCACUGUAGAAUACGUGGUAUCCUUUGUGCAUGGACUGUUAAAAUUGAAAACCAAAGCACAAGUAGAACCUUGUCAGGAAUAAGUGUGAAAGGCUCUACUAUUCAUAACUAACCUCAGAAAUAUUUGAGACAUUAAACCUGUAUAGAGGUCUUCAUUUUGCCUUCUGUAGAAGCUGAAACAAGGAUUUAGGUUAUACGUGUUCUCUUCACUUUUCCCACAUCAUAGGAUCCCAUUAGUUCUCAAAUGGAAAACUUGGGGUGGGUUUUCCUAGCCAUUUCCAAAUGGUGCAGGAAAUGAGAUAACAUGUAAUAUUUCACAGCAAUAAACAUGCAAACAUCCUACACAAAUUACUUGGAUCAGCCCCAUAUCCAAGACUCAUUUGCAAAAGCCUGCUAAAAAUAUUAUGGCCUCGCCUUUAACUCUGUGUUAAAACAUCUCUGUAAAGUGACAUAUAUCUUUUUCUGUUUAAUCUUUAAUUCCUUAUGGAAGGAGGUAGGGAUCUGUGGACCCUCCAGACCUGCCUGUUUGGCCUAAGAAGCCAGUUUCAGAAAGCCACUCCUAUCUGCCGAACACCUGGUGUCAAAAGAACCACUGGGAGCUUUAAGCUCCUGGUUGUUUCUUUGAUUGAGUGAGGCACACUUCCAUUUGCCCAUCAGCUGUUGGGUGGUGGGAUCAUACCUUACUCAAGUCUUCCAAAUGACUCCCCUCCCCCACCAAAUUGGGGUAAGUGGGAGUAUGGAAAUGUGGGAGGGGUGUCCGAAAGCCCCAUGAAUGGAUGUUUACAAAGGGCUGCUUGAAAGUCCACUUUGGGAAACAUUGCCUGAUGUCACUAUGAUGUCAGGUGAUGGACAGAUAGGAGGCCCUGUCCCUUUCUCAACUUUGACCCCCCCAUACACCCUAAAUCUGUUCUGGGUCUUCCCCAACCCUCCAGAACAGAUUUGGGGGAAGUUCCAUUGAUCAAGUGUAAAUCCUUGUGCCCACAGGGCUGUUGCUUAGUACUGCAUUGAAUACAAGUCAAUAAUUUUUACUUUUGGUUUUGAGAGAAAGUAGAAAUUGACUAUUUCUGGCGUAAAGCAGGAAGAAAAUGUUUCCUUUCCCAGAAUAAUAGAAUCAUAGAAUUUUAGAGUUGGAAGUUGACCCCGGGGAUCAUCUGGUCCAACCAUCUGCAAAAUUUCUUAGUACAUUUUGGUUAUCUGGUGCAGCUUAUAUGCAAUAGGCAGCAAAGCAAAAACCUUACUGGUCAUGUUAGUGUUGCCUGAAGUGCAUACGCAGAAAUCACUGCGGCAUUCUCAAAUAUGUAAUUGACUACAAUAUUAUAUAGUGAAAAUCUUUCUGUUGUCACUUUUGUGCAGUUGAGCCAAAUUUCUAUAGUAAGAACUUACUCUUCUUGGGAAAGACAUACAUGAAGUUGAACAACAGAAAAAUGGCCCUUCUUUGGUUAUCAAAGGCAAAAGAACGGCUGUCACACACAGAGGAGGAUAAGCAGGUAAGCAUUGUGGCCAUUGUCACUAUUGGCUAAAGAAACUCCUUGUAUUUUUCAACUAUUUUUGCAGAGUGAGUUACAGCAUACUCUGAACCUCCUCCUAUUAUAUAUCCCCAAAGGGCAGUAUAUUCAGAAUGUGCUUGGAAAUAAGUGUUCAAAAUGAAAAAGCUAUAUAAACACGUCAUCAAAUUGUUUGCCUUUUAGUGUGCUAACAAUCCAUCAGAGUAUAUAUGGGGAGUAUUAGCAGUGUUUUUAAACUGACCUAAUGUUCAUAUAGUUUUAAGUAAAUUUCCAAGUGUUCCUGCCAAGAAGCCGAAUUUAAAACUAUGAGGAUGAAAUUUCUUUUUUCAUGGGAAGGAGCUUGAAUUGAUUAGAAAGCCAUAAAUCUUACAGUCUAGUUAUGAUUCUUAUCACAGUGGUAUAUAGUCAUUCCUCCCUGGAGCUCAGGAGAGAACAGAUUUCUUCCAUUUCUUCCAAUUCUGCGAGGUUACACUAAAAUGUUUACUGAUCUAGGUUGCUCUGUUUCAUAGAGAAGUGGAGAUUUAAACCCAGGUCUUCCUCCGCCAGUGCAGUCUACUUUACCUCAGUGGUUCCCUUACGAAUUAAGGCAGGAUCUUCUGUUCAUAGAAAUAAAGAUGACAAACGGUUGCUCGACUACUCUGGCUCUUCAAUCCAGUGCCCUUGAUGAGUAAUAGUGAUUGGAGGAAAGUGGGAGAUCUAAUGUAUUUUGCAUAUGCUUACUAAGCCGAAAUGGGUAGCCCCCCCAAGAAGAAAAGAACAAUAGCAUUGCAAAGGGGACAGAUUCACAGGCUAAGUGAAGGCAACUGUGUCAUCUGGAGCUCUCACUGAUCACUAUUGUAGCUCUUGGUAUUUUUGCACUCAAUUUCCACAUACACACAAAACGCAGGUCUUCACUUGUAGGGCUUCAGCAAGAUGUAUUUGGCAUUCAUUUGCUCAAUUAUAAAAAUAAAAGUCAGAGCCAAGAACUGCAGAAUUCCAACUAAUGUCAAACGUUAGGCUCUAAAGGAAGGGAUGGAAGUCCCUUUUUCGAGCUGAGGCCUGCAUUAUACCAGUGGAAAGCUGGGCAGGCAGAUUUCACAAUCAAAGACAUGUAAAAAAUAUUUGUCAUAGAGAGGGGGUGCAUAUAUUUAAUUCUUAGUAACCCCUCUUAGAUGUUAUCUUUCAUUUUCUCCAGAGACUUUGUGAAAAAAGAUGUCUGCAGCGGGGGGGGGGGAUUUUUAUCUUUACAAAAGGUAGAAAGAUCCCUGUUUCAGCAGAAUGCAAUAAUGCCUGUGCACAGCUGAAUGACAAAGUGCCCCUUCGAAGCCUCCAGCUUCAAAAUGCAACAGCACCCCAUGAAUUGCAUGAGUGCAGUUGGAAAAUGCAUUGGCAAUCUUUUCAGUAUACCUCUGCUGAGACAUUUCCCCCUCUUUUGAUGUCCUUACUGAGAAAGGUGAUUCAAUCACACACUUGCCCCACAACUCCCUUUUCCUGCUUUGCUGCUUCCCAGAGGGCAGAUGAAAUCCAUCCCUAACCAAGAGAGUAUUGUGGGUAUGGCUGUGUCUUGGUGGGAAGACACUAUUGAAGUUUUCAUCUUUUUUCAUUUUAGGUACAUAAAGAAGCUGUGGAAUUGCUAAAUUCUCUGUGACAAGAUCAUUGAAAUUUUUUGUGUUGCUAUGAUAUACUUACUGGGCUGGGGCAACCCUGUCAGAUGGGUGGGGUACAAAUUAUUAUUAUUAUUUACUAAUCAAACACAUAAAACAGGCCUAGUGCUAUGGAAAUGGCCACAUCUUUAACUGGAGGAAAUUCUGUUAUUGUGUGAAAUAUAUAUUGCGAGAGAUGGAGGGGAUAUGUAUAAAAUAUGCUGUUCCAAAGCAAAGCAGUUGUAAAAUUUUCUUAUAGGCAUUGUUUAUCUUUUGCUUCUAAAUCCGUUCUUCACUUGCUGGAGCUGAACUCUCACUAGCUAUUAUCUUGGGAAAAGAACAGCCUAAUUUUCAUUAUCUUUUUCAGAGCCCCAACACCAACUUUAAAAAAUCCUAAUGGAAGUAAUAAUGUUAGGCCUGUCCAUCUUUUAAGACCCAUGGACAUAUUGUGGCUUUUGAGUGAGUACCAUGGAUGCCCCCCCCCCAAUCACUUCUAUCCCUCACUACCCUGGAAAGAGACAGGAAGCAUGAUUUCCAAUGGAUAUGGGUGUCAGAUCCAGUAAAAUUGACCUGAGCCUUUAAUAGCACACAAAACUGAAGGAGGAAGUGCAGAAGAAUGUCAUGCUUCUACCUUCCUCCUGCUGCUCCUUUCUCAAAGGGGGGAAAAAAGGAAACCACCCUCAUCACCGAGGGUGCAAGAUGGACAGAGGCUUCAUGAGUGCUGGGGAAGACCUCAAAGGUGAAACUGCACCCAUGGGUCCAACACUAGGAACUCCUGGAGUGAUGUAUGUUGAGAAAUACAUGCCCAUGGCAAUUUCUCAGGGUAUUUGUUUACCCUUGGGGAGUAAGUAUACCCUCUCUGGGGUUAAUUUUGAUAGACUCCAGGGCACUUGUUGAACCUUUUGGUGUUUGGCAGAAUGAGCUACUGCUUCCUUGUUGUCAGAAGAGGAGAUCCCUUAAUCAAGAGAAUGAGGGAAGCAGGCAGAGAUAACACCAGAUCCCGCUCCAGUUGGAUUUCCCCUUUCCCCUUCACCAACUUCACUUUUUAUCAGCUAUUUUAGUAUUAAAUUGUAAAACACCAUGGGUGCCUUGGCAGGAAGGCAUUGUAUCAAUGCAGUAAAUAAACUGGUUCCCUAAAAGUGUGAUCUGUGUAUUCCUGGUGUAGUUUCCUAUAUAAUAAAGACCUCUUGCAUUACUUCUUUCAGAGCCUUUCAACAGGCUCUAAAGAUGCAGCAAAUGCUUAAGGAACACUUGCCAUUAAACGCAGUAUGGGGCACCUUAUUGUCCCUUCUAUUUUCAGUUUUGUGGGGGGUCUGUUUCUCUCCCUUGAAGACAGAAAUCACCAUGGGCAAGUUAGCCAUCCAGAAAACUCUGGUAGUGGGGUGGUGUAGAAAUACCACAAAUAAAGCAAGCCAGCCUGUUUUACAACUCAUCCCUAUUUACAAAAUUGUCUGGUGGCUGCUGACAGUUGAAACAUCCAGAUUAAAUGCUGAAAUUUGCCUGGGAUACAGUGGUAACUUGGAUUACAUACGCUUCAGGUUACAGACUCCGCUAACCCAGAAAUAGUGCUUCAGGUUAAGAACUUUGCCUCAGGUUGAGAACAGAAAUCAUGCUCCGGCAGCGCAGCAGCAGCAGGAGGCCCCAUUAGCUAAAGUGGUGCUUCAGGUUAAGAACCAUUUCAGGUUAAGUACGGACCUCCAGAACGAAUUGAGUACUUAACCCGAGGUACCACUGUAUACAGAUUUCUUUUGCAGACUUGAAAGCAUGAAACUCCAGCUGUCCAAAGCAAGAUACUGGCUGCAAACAGGGUCCAUUGAAACUAACAUAGCUCCCUCCUUACUGUAACUUUUGGACCUUGAAAAGCCUGUAACUUGCUAACCCAACAGUUGCAAGCAAAAGGGGAGGAGCAGGUAAAGGAGGAUGUGAACAACGUUUGUAGCAAUAGCAGCUGAUUACUAAACUCCCCAUUCCACUUGCCAAACAAUUGGGAGAAACCCAUGUGUCUGGUGGGAAACAACUCUAAAAACUGGAGUACUGUAACUUCCUUCACUGACAAGCAGGAAAGGCCCUUUGCAGGGCGAAGCAAGUCAUUGCCAGCAGCGGGCAGCUGGCUGACAAGACCUGCAGGUAGGGGCCUGUCUCUCUUCUCUUGCCCCACCCUGUUGCUCCAUCACUUCUCCCUUUGUCAUCUUGCUGCUCAUGUCUGUGUGGGGAGGAGGGUGACCAGUUAGUGGUGGUGGGCUGGUGCCAGCACAUUAUCCAUCCCAGGGCAAUGUGGUCCCUUGUCAGGUCAUGGGCCUCCCCCUGCUGCUGGCCAUGCUUUUGACUCAUAGGUUGGGAACACUGAGCCAAAGGACUAAGGUCUCUGGGUUUCGGUGCAUCUAUUGUAAACCACCAUGAGGAUAGCUGAGGGUUGCCCUGACUCCAGAGCUCUUUGUAUACAGUGGUACCUUGGUUACAUACGCUUGGUUACACACUCCGCUAACCCAGAAAUAGUGCUUCAGGUUAAGAACUUUGCUUCAGGAUGAGAACAGAAAUCGUGCUCCAGCGGCACGGGGGCAGCAGGAGGCCCCAUUAGCUAAAGUGGUGCUUCAGGUUAAGAACAGUUUCAGGUUAAGUACGGCCCUCCGGAACAAAUUAAGUACUUAACCCGAGGUACCACUGUAUUUACUUUAACCAAAUUUCCUUUCUACAAGUGUAUGAUCUUCCAUUGCCUGCAGUGUUAAGAUUAUCGAAACAUGUUCAUCUACAAAAAGACACAUGAGAUAGUGUAAACUGCUCACCCUUUCUGUAAACCUGUCAAGCCAGCUCUACCUAUUUUAAUUGUUGCAAGGAAACGGUAAGGAUUGCUGCCAUAGAAAUCAGUGCUGUAUGUGUAACAAGGAAGCUUGGCCUGAUCACAAUUUCCCCACCCCACCCCCCUAAAUCUUCCUAAGUAGUGCUGUGCCUGAAGUAAGUAGCUACAACAUCUCCCUUACUUGUGGCUAUACUCGCCAAGGCUGACAAAAUUUGGAAUCAAGCCAUCUAGAGGCCACAGUUUCCCCUUCCCGGAUGUAUUUGAACAAGGAAGUAAAAUAGUCCGACCUGGUCUUGCAUGUUCAGUUCUGGGCACCACAUUUUAAGAAGGCUAUAGACAAAUAGGAACAGGUUUCAGCAAGGACAAAAAGUAUGGAGGAAAAGUCCUUUGAAGUUGAAGGGAAUGUGUGUUUAGCCUGGAGAGGGUGGUGUAGCACAUAAUAGUACUCUUGAAAUACCUGAAGCCAUCUCACAUGGAAGAUGGCAAAAGUUUGUGCUUUACUACCUAACCACAAGUGUAGAGCUAAUCAUAUAAGUUAUUGUGGACUAGAUUAGGAGAAACCGCUUGGGAGGUACAAGCAGUUGGACAAUGGAACAAAGGAUCUCUACAGGUGGUGGGCUGUCACUCAUUGGAGGUCUUCAAAGCAGAGGUUGGACAAUUGGGAAUGCCAAAAAAAUCUAAAGGAAAAAUGGGCUCUAGGAUCUUAAAAACAAAAGGGAAAGGGUGAAACAGUCUAAAAAAAAAGUACUGGAGGGAGUCUGGCUAGAAUACAAAGCAAGUUGCCCAGCAUACACAAAAAUCAUGCAAACUAGCAAAAAUCCCCCCGUAUGCUGAUAAAGAACAUAUCAAGAACCAAGACAAAUUAUUAACACAAAAGCACAAAGCUGAGCAGCAUGAAAGCAGGAAUAGGGGCUGGUUGGAUGUGAUCAAACCAGCUGCAAUCCCACCUUUAAACACUGGAGGGAGCUCAUGUCCUACCUUUGAACAUUUUCAAAGGAACACGACCUACCUCUAGGUUUAGUUAUCAAAUAGCAGGUUAGGCAAAAUUAUGUACAGACGCCCACCAACUUUGAUUCUCUCAUUGCAACACAUUAGUGAAGUCUGUUCAUACAUACAUGACCCACCAUGGGUAUCGGAAAAUGAAGUUCAGUCAUCUUAAAACUGGCAAAUCUAGAUUGUUAUCUGCUUGUCAUCUGAGACUCAAGAAGAAAAUUACUACUUCCCUAUGCUGGGGGGUGAAUCCUCACACUGAUUGCUGUUGAAAGAUUUUCCUUAAAGCUUGAGGAUAAGCAUACCUGCCCUGUUCUAGUGAAAUAUGACUGAUCAAUGCUAUGUGAGUCCUAUCUAAAGCAGGAGAAAUUCCACUGCUUUGAACAGGACUUAGACCUCACUACAUUUUUUCUGAAACAGGCAAACGUCUAAUGCUAUGACCCAUCCUUAUAAGGGCUGUAGCUGGGCCUGUGUGAAUGUGUUUCUUCAAAUAAGCCAAAUCAAAACGGACCAGCAGUUUAAGAAGUGUAAGCACUGAAUCCUAAGAUUAAGCAGCAGGGAGAGAGGAUUUUAUCUCUACUAAGUAGCCUUAGGCAAGGCCUCCCCCUUCCUGUAGCAAUAGGAACAGUUCCCACUUGGGGGGGGGAGAGGAUGCCCAUUGGAGAAGUCAAACUUCAUUAGUUUUCUGCAUUAUCUUAGGAACUUUUUUUUUUUAAGUUGCUCAUGUGAAUGGUGGUAGGGCAACCUAAGAGACUAAGGUUCCAAUCAGAGUAGAAAAAUCAAGAUGAUAUUUUGGUGUAAUCGUACAUAUGUGUGUGUAGGGUAACUAACACAAGAUAGACAGGAGGUCUGUUAAUCAAUGCAGUGCUUUUAUCAAGCAUUCACAGGUUAAUAUCCAUGAAUAAUAAAGUGUAACAAUAUGUAGAAAAAUAAGAUUUUGGCAGAAUUAAACUGCUAUAUUGAGAAAAUGAGAGCAAAUAUAGCAGAGUCGUACUGCAUUUACAGUUUUUUUUUUUGCAGUUUGAUAUGUUACAGAAAUGUUAAUUCUAGGAAAUCUGUUUCAUGUGUGUACAAAACUGUAUAAGUUAAAUUUAAUGGAAUUUACAGUGAAUAUUGAAAGCAUGAUACAAAUGGCAAUUUAAAAUGUUACUCUAAUAAGGAAGCACAAUUUGCUAAAAGUAGCAUUUAAUAAUUCACAUCAGUAAGUUGUAGAAUUUAUUACACAUAUUUGCAGUUUAGCAAAUGCCCCUCAAUACUGCAAACACAAUUUAAUUUUUUUAUAUACAUUGUGCACUUAUGACAAAUAAGCCUUGGCCUAUAUAAAAACAAAAUUUAGAGUUGCUUAAUUAGGAACAUCUGGAUUUUUUUUUCUUGAAGGGAUGAGAGUAUUGAAGACUAAUAGAAAAUUAGUUCAGUUGUGCAAAGCAUAUGUAACUACUUCCAUUUGGAUUUUCUAGAUCCAGAUUAAAAAAAAUGAGAACAAUUCACAUUACUUUUUCAUAUCCUCCUAAAUUAAUUAGUUUAUCAAAUGAAAUUGAAACAUAUCACUAAUAUCUUUUUUAAAAGCCUGUAAGAUACCAGACUGGGACAGAAUGUGUAGGAAUCUUUUUAUUUUUUCCUUGAAGAUUACCUACUGUUCUCUUGGAAAUAACCCAAGGUAAUAUGUAAACAAUUUUCAAUGCUGCUCAAUGAGUUAUAAUAGUCUGUUCAGCUCCUACAGUAAAAGUCAGAACAGUGGCACCAAUGUCUUAACAAUCACAUUCAUCUUAUUGUACAUUACUCUUGUGCAAGUAAUAAAGGCUUUAUGACCUCGGCUACACAGAAGUUGGGUUAUCAGCUAUUACAAUUAUUAUUUUUUAAUUCAGCUGACAGAAUAUCACAUUCUAUCAUUUCAAAAAGCCAGCAGCAUUUUUCUACAUAGCGAGGAUGUGUUUGGCCUAAGCCUUUUAACACCUUUAAAACAGCCAUGCAAUAGAAAUAACCCUUAGAGAUGUUGCAUAAGUGAGAAGAAUACAGAGCAGUCUGCACAUUUUCUGAACAAAACCAAGAAAGAUACUCCUGACUCUUCUGAAUGGCUGUGAUGUUUAAUAAGUUUACAGCUCUAUAAAACUAGAGCUCAUUAGUGUGUAUUUAUAUACACAUUUUUUUAAAUAAAGUCUUUCAUGUUCAAUUUUAUUCUGGCCAGUCUUUGAGGGGAAAAUAAAUAAAGUAGAGAAGGUAAAACUGUUUUGCAUAUCUUUGUGGAAGAACGGAGAACAUUUUUUAGAGUUCCAGAAAAAUCACUGUACAGAAGAAACAGCUUAUAUACCACUAACUGUGCAAUUUUGUUGCUCCAGCCUGCUACAACAAAACUUCACUUUGCCUUGAACUUGUUUUUUAUUCUUGUCCAAAUCCUUCUGUCUCUUCAAUUGCAAAAAGCAGCUUCUCUUUUAGCUGUUCAUAGCUUUUAUAAGGCGGUAAAUCCAAACGAUUAAAACUAGGAGAGAAGAGGGGGGGAAUCAGACUCUACAUCCCAUUUGAAAACAUCUUUCACAGGACCAUAUCAAUCACAGCUGUUUGAUUAUAAGCAAGUAAUUUUUACCUCUUUAGUACUAAGUAACUCAUGAAGAUUCAUAAAUACCCAUGUUAAGCUGAAAAUAAAUAGCCAGUUUGCAGACCAUUUUUGAUAUGUCUACUUAGAUUAAAAUACAUAGUCAAGUUUACAGAUUCAGAUUGAUUGUCCAUAGGCUGAUAUUGCCCUUGAGUUUUGCAGUGUAAGAAAUGAACAAGAGAUGGAAACAUCUGUUUGGCUGUGCUUGGCCAAAAAGGGAAACAUAAGAGAGGAUACAAAUAUCCUCAAAUAUUUAAAUAUUUGUUGUCAUUUGUUGGCAGUUUUGUUAUUAUCUUUGUUAUCUGUGCGUUGGUGCUGAUAACCAUUGGAUCUAUUUAUUUAUUUGUGCUUUUAUCUUGUGAACUGCCCUGAGAACUUUUGAUAAAGGGCUGUAUAAAAAUCUAAUUAAUAAUAAUAAUAAAUCUGUGAUUUUUAUUAUGCAAUCUACUCAAUAUAAAUUUCAGUCUGAUGGUAGGUUUUUUGCAUGUGAAAAUCAUGCAAAUGAAAGACAACUCUUUUUAACUCUACUGGGUCCAAUUUUCACUGAGACCCUAUGGAAAAGUAGAGAAUGUGCGCAUACUCGCUUACUGCUGUCUGUUGGGGUAGGGAGUGUGAUCUGUAGAAUAGCGGAAAGAAGCAAGAGAUGGUGCCCACAGCACUUUGAAAAUUCCCAAUGUGUCCCUGAGCCCCAAAAGGUAAGAAACCCCUGCGAAGAAUGGCUGAUGUUAAAGAAGCAUACUAUAGAACAAAACGUAAGAUAACAAAGAACUCUCUGUUACAACAACUCACCAUGUGUGACUUCUUGGUAGCCAGGUUUCCUUGCCAACUUUUUCAAUGCAGAAUUUCUGAGGACCGUUACUUCCUGAGUAAUAAAAAAUAAAAUUAAAGGUUAAAAUGGUAUUUUUGUUAACGGCAGGGUAGAUAUUAAUGAUACCAUAUUUCAAUAAUUGGGAGAAAAUGCAGGUUAAAAGGACCAGGGAAUGUUACUGUAUAUUACACAUACUUUGCAGUAUAUUACGACGUUUUCUUACCCAUGAGCUCAGCAAAUCCGCCCAGUGGUAAUCGGCAAGUACCAGUGACAAACUGCAUCAGUCGCAUGCGAACUUCAUUGUCAGCUUCUUUUAUAAACUAAGAGAAAUGUAAAGUUUAUUUUAUUACUUUGAAAUGUCAAUUGGUUAAGACCUAACUAUGUGCUUGUGUACCACUAUCAGAAGUAAUUCCUAUUAAAAAUUACAUUUCACUUACCAAACUUUCCUAAACCAAGCAAACUCCCAUAGUUUGAGAUUUGAAUUACAUUUUAAACCUGGUUUCCUAAUUUCAUUUCAUUUCUGAAUUGCUUCCCAUGAAACACCCCAAAGCAAAUAAGAAUAAAUACAUCAAAUAUGUGUUUAUAUAAUUAGUGUUAUGAGUUCAGGGGCUGGACCUCUCUAAAUUCCUGCAUCCAGUAAGUGUUAGAAUAUAACCAAGGCUUGGGGAGUUAAAACUGUGUGCCAGACACGUCUACUGCCUAGAUCCAGAAAAUGCUAAAAGCUGAUUAAGCCAGGCUGUAAUGCUAAGCCCAUAUAUAGUGGUACCUUGGUUUACAACCAUAAUCCAUUCCGGAGGUCCGGUUGUAAACCAAAACAGGUUGUAACCCAAGGCGCACUUUCACCAAUGGGGCCUCCCCCCAAAAAUGGGUUGUAAUCCAAAAAAAGGGACACACACUUCCGGGUUUGACGUGGUUUUAAUCCAAAAUGGUUGCAAUCCAAAGCAGUUGCAAACCAAGGUACCACUGUAUUAAUUUCCAGGAGUUACACAGAAGCCCAGGAAGAAACUUUGGCUUUAUUUCUAAAAUAAAAACCGUACCAAUGUGUAAUAAUUUCACAUCUGCUGACUUUUUCAACAAGAAUAUAUUAUACCUGCCAGAACCACAUUAUUUGCUUGCUGUUUCUUGUAUAAUGACGAUAAACAGUGUUCCUUUGCCAGUCUGCCAAAUCAACUUCUUGCAUGCCACAAAGCAUGACCUGUAAAAAGACCACAUGAUUUAGCACUGUAGCAGCUUAAGAUCCUGAAGCACAACAGCAGAUACUGACAUGCUUGAUAUUUUCUUGUCUUGCCCCAAAUAAAGAUUCUGGAAAAGUGAGAUGAAGCUUUCAACAAAAUAUGAUUCACUAACAAAUACAGUCAUCAUAUUUUUAAGGAUAUAUUAAAAGAAUUGGUCUUAUUAGUUGUUAAGGAACUGGUUAAGAGCUAGCUGCACAGCAAUAUGCGCUCUCUCUCUCUCUCUCUCUCUGUGUGUGUGUUUGCUACUCCCACAUUAGAAGAUUCCAUAGCAAGAAUCAGGGAGACAGCCCAUAUGGUCAAUAAGGGACGUUAUAUGAGUGAAGGAAGGCAGAAACUGUAUAACUUGCUUACUGAAAAGUGGAGCAGCUUUGAGAUGUACUGGUGUCACAAAAUGCAAGAGAAUGUACAACCAUAUGUACAUUUCAAAGAGCAAUACCUGAUAUAAAGGUAAAGCUAAAGGUACCCCUGACCAUUGGGUCCAGUUGCGGACGACUCUGGGGUUGCGGCGCUCAUCUCGCUUAACUGGCCGAUGGAGCCGGCGUACAGCUUCCGGGUCAUGUGGCCAGCAUGACUAAGCCACUUCUGGCGAACCAGAGCAGCACACGGAAACGCCGUUUUCCUUCCCGCCGGAGCGGUACCUAUUUAUCUACUUGCACUUUGACGUGCUUUCGAACUGCUAGGUUGGCAGGAGCAGGGACCGAGCAACGGGAGCUCACCCUGUCGAGGGGAUUCGAACCACCGACCUUUUGAUCGGCAAGCCCUAGGCUCUGUGGUUUAGAUCACAGUGCCACCUGCGUCCCUAAUACCUGACAUACCUGUAAUUAAAUCUAUAUAUUUCUCUCUGUUUUCCUCAUCUGAGAUUAUUUUUAAUUAUUUUGUUUUAAUUAUGUUUCUUCUUUAAUUAUGUGAACAUACUGAAUAUGAAAGCUAAAAGUUUUCUAAUGUUCACAGCCCUUUGAGGACUGCCUAUUUAUUUGUGCCUUAGUCAAACACGGACAUAAACAUUUGCUUGUACUAUUUUUCCUCUUAUUAUGUUAGUAUCAAAGAUUUUUGCCCAGUUAAACCACUGCACCACAAAUUUCUUGUUAAUAAAUAAAUAAAUUUGAAUAAAAAUUACCUCCAACUCUUUUUCGUCAAAAUACUGCAGCCACUGAAGGGGAACAACUUCAUUAAACCCAUCAAGGAAAGCUUUGGUUUGUUCCUGUACUCCUCGUGAAAACCGCCACUCUGCCAUUAGGCUGAAACAGAAGUUUAGAGUUCUAAAAGUGGAAUCCUUUAUUUAAAAACAAGCUGCAAACAUUAUACUCUGCUACACUAAUUCCACAUUUGUAUAAGCUCCAGAAACUCCAGAUUUAUUUAUUUUCACAUUGUAACUAGAACAGUCUCAUAUAUCCUCUUACCAAUACUUUACUCCUAGAUGGAUGUUUAUCCAAUUUUUUUGUAUGUAUUAUUGAAAGUUUAUGGGCUGGACUCUCACUAUGAAAGCUCUGUGAGAAAAUGCACAUUAAGCCAUCUCAAAAGCAAGCUUAUCUAAUACAAGAUCUACCCUCCUCUCUCUACACACACACACACAAAUGAAACACAUUUAUUUAUUUAUGUAUACAUGCAGGUAUGUGUUUAUGCACACACAUAUGUAUGUAUGUAUAUUCUUGGCACAAAGUUAUGAAAAACUCUGCCGAAAUCUUUAGUGUACUUUUAUAGUAACAUGUAUUUGUUUAUCCACCCACAUUUCUUUCACUUUGAAAAUCAGGAAAGUACUAAUACUAAUUAAAAACUAAUACUAGCUGAUGUUCCAUCUUCCACACACCUAUUAAAUAGCAAUACUUGCUCUGCUCAGAUAUAUUGCUGUCAAACUUUGGGCAAUUUCUCCUGGGCCCCACACCUCAUCCCAUUCUGCUUGACAGAGUAUUCCAACUCUGCAGAGGUCCCACCCCCGUGCCCAGAAGGUUGUGGAGGGAAGAGCUUCCCCCUGCUGACAGAAUGUGAAUUUCUGCAUUGAUAUUGAUGGAAAAGUUACAAGAAAAAUGUUUGACAGUCUUUUAAAUAUAUAUAUAUAUAUGCACCAUACCCAAUGUAUUCUUCUUUGUUCUCUUCGGUUACAAGUAAGUUUGAGCCUCCUAAUUUCAGCUCAUGCGAGGUAACUUUUCCUAGAAGCUCCAUGUCAACACAGAAGUACAUUUCUAAGUUGCACUCUUCAAUGUUGUUGUCCCUAAAGAGGAAAAUUAACCAAAGAUAAAUGAAAUAUAAUCACUUUACUAAUAUGACAGAAAAAAUAGUGAACUUCUGAAAAGAUUUACAAACCUUAUCCAAAUUAAGGAAUUAUAAAAUUCAGUAUCAAUAGAUUCCAAAUCCUUUAUUGUGAGUUUCUUAUUUAACAUGCGCUUGUAGAAUGGCAGGGAAAACCCAGUAUCAAUGAAUUUGCCAUGAAACAAUGCCUGUUAAGGAUUUAAGUAACAACAAUUCAGUAUUUCAGCUUCAGGUGCAUCACUCUGAAAAGUGGUGACUGUUUAUAGAAAAUAGUAAUCUUAGGGAGAACUAAUACCAAUGGAAUAAACACUCUAAAUCAAUAAACCAGAAGAUAACAUAAUUCUCAUUAUCAGAGUAAUAUCCCUUCAAAUGCAGACUAAACUAGCAGAACACAUCAAAGUCUUGCAGCCAGAUUCUCAUUACAUGAAUUAUUUAGAUGAGUCUACUGCUCAGUACAGUAUAAAAUUUGGCCAAUUAAGGAUAUACAGUACAUUGAGGUGUCUAACCUGAAGAGAAUGAAUGAGAUGAAAAAUAAAUACGGUGAUAACUUUUAAAAUGAAAGAGUUCUGUUAUAAGAAUGUGCAUAGGAACAUAAAUGUGAUUAGCUGCCAAAUGCAGAGAGAAAGAUUACAUAAUGCAAAUUCAACAUGUUGCCACCAGGGGGCCUUCAGAUUGUCCCAAGAAGCUCCAGAGAAAUUAUCAAAGAUUCUUUCCUAGUCAAAUCUUUUAAGUAGAUUAGAACAAAGGAAUGCUACAAAACACAUUUUCUAUACAGUAUUGUGUGAUUUCUCAUUUCCAUAGUGCAAUUAUGAAUUUGCUUUUUUUCAGUUUGCAUAUUAUUCCUAGGUAUGUAAAAAUGUAGUAGGAGUAGGGAAACUGUGGCCUUCUUGAUAUUGUUGGACUCAUAAUUCCCAUAAGCCCUCACAUGGCCAAAGACAAUAGAUGCUAAACAACUUUUGUAAAGCCACAGGUUAUUCGCCCCUGCUCUAUGGGAUUUGCCCCAUGUUCCUAAGCUAAAUGUCCAAUUCCUUAAGCAUUUAAGGAACUUGUUCAAUACCUCUGGUUCCUUUAUAUCCAUUUUCUGUACAGAUCACUUGCAUCUUAUGUGGGAGUUACGUUCUAGGGAUAGCAAGUAAAGCUGAAAUCGUGUAUAGUCAAAACAACUUCUUGCAACAAGAAGGCAGAGAGCUUUUAAGCUUUCAGACUUGCUUACUAGGCUCUGCUGGACCCAUCUGAGAUCUCAUGAGAGCCUCCCAGAGCCUGGUAAGCAAGGCGGAGAGUUUAAAAGUUAUUUCCAUGCCAGGAAAACCCUGCACAAAAAGAGCUUUUAAGCUCUCCGCCUUCCAUGCAUUUAAUUUGUGUGAUUUCAACUGGCCAGUCUUCCAAAUGCAUAAAUUUGAGAUUGCUUAAGUUAAACACAUGUUAAUUGUGAGUGACUCUGACAUCGGGCACUCAAAGUAGUUUUGUUAAUAUGGGGGCAAUACACAGCUGCGCAACUGCAACAUACUUGCUCUUUUAUUUUCAGCCUUUCCCUUAUACGGUGGUACCUUGACUUCGAAAACGUUCAGAAACCAAGGCACAGCUUCCAAUUGGCUGCAGGAAGCUCCUGCAGCCAAUCGGAAGCCGCAUCGGGCGUUUGGGUUCCAAAGAACGUUCGCAAACUAGAACGCUCACUUCCAGGUUUGCGGUGUUCGGGAGCCAAAACGUUCGAAUCGCAAGGCGUACGUCAACCAAGGUAUGACUGAACCUCCUUAUACUGAAGCUGCAAAACCUACAUACACUUAUCUGAGAAGACAGGAAUAGGAAUGCACUAUGAAUUCCUGUUUUGCUGAUGUGGCAUACUGGGCUGAUAUUUUCAGCAAAUUGUCAAUUCUGACCCCAAUAUUUCAUUGCUAGGUAAUUACAAUUAAUUUAGAAUUUAAUUUAGAAGACUCAGUAAAUAUAUUUGGUCUCUUCUGCCCCAAAAAAUACAAUAUACACUGCUUUUCACUUUCACUGAAUCUCCUUUGUCAUUCCAUUAUCCCUUCACUCACUUUGGCGAGUACCUUUUAAAUUCAAAUGCACCACUGUAUCUAGUAUAAUGCUGGGUCUUUAUCAAUAUUAAAUUAUAAUGAAUCAUGCCCAGAGCAAGGUAUGUGGUUCUUUAACUUCUCUAAAAAGCCUUUGUUCCAAAGGUCUGGAACCAGUUUGCUGUGAGAUCUCCUUACCCCAUAAACGCUUACUUGACUGCUUCAACCUGCGAAACUACUGUUACACAUGCCAUUUAAUACCCAUUCCACAUUUGUAAGAAAUCAGUAUUUUAGUGUGGCAGCACCAACACUUUGUAGCUCCCUGCCUGUUGAUAUCAGGCAGGCACCUUCACUGUGCUUUUUUUGGUGCUAAAAACAUUUUUGUUUAGAAAUGUCUACCCUGAUACCUAGAAUGUUCAUGUGUGUUUUAAUUAUGCUUUUAGUUUAUUGCUGAUUUUAAUUUUCUGAACGUUUUAAACUGUUGUUAAUUAUUUUUAGUGGUAGUAUUUUUAUUUUUUUAUUUUUGUAAACAACUGAGAUUUUUUUACAAUCAAGAGGUAUAUACAUUUUUUGAAAUAAGCAAAACAUAUUUUAAAAAACAAAUGAACUCAACCUCUGGGUCCUAGAGUCUAGGACAAUGAUAGAAAAUGUACCAAUCUCUUCUUCACAUGCUUGUUAUAACCAUUCAGCAAAAUACUUGAUUGAAUUGCUGGUGAAUGAAAUCCAAGUAUGACAGACAGCCAUGUGUACUCAAAUACGAAACACUCCAGAAAGAAAAACAUACAGUUUGAAACAAAAAAUGAUCAAACUCACCAUGGCAAUAAACCGUCCAAUGAAACAGAAAUAUGAAAGAUGAUCUGGAUUUAUUGUUGAUGCUGGAUUUAUCUGUAGGCAGUAGUUGCUUUUUCCAGCAUAUUCAAAUAGACAGUACAUAGGGUUCAGCACUUCAUGGGAAAGCAAGAAGAACCAUUCUCUACAAAAAUUUACAAUAAAUAAAACACAAAAAUCUAACACUGGUGUCUCCAAGCAUUCAUAAAAAUUGACAUUAAAUAUAUAAGAUACAGCCUUAUGUCAAAGGUAAUGAAGAAUGCUUUGAAACAAUUUACUGCAGGCAAUCACCCAGCUGAACAGACAAUAUGGCUUUAAACUAAAAAAAAGUGGUUUCCCAUUGCUGGGUGCAAGCCUGCAGGAAGAGCUUUCAAAGUACUUCUUACAUUUCUUUCCCAACCUGGCAUUCAACUGUCUAGUAUUACAUGAAUAUUUGAUUUGGCAGUAUUAUAUAAUACACACAAGCGAAAAGCCCUGAAGUCAUGUGGCCCAACAUUUCAAUAUUUGCAACCUUAAUCUGAUCCCCCAAGUUACUAACAUAUAGAAAAUGGCAAAUCACCCAAUAACAGUUUUUAUCCUUUUUUCUAGGAAGUCUUUAUAAUCUGGAGUUAUCAUCCACUGGCUGUUGUCAGAAUUUCCCAAUUCUGAUUUUUUAUAUAUUUCUGAGUUCAACAACUUUUUGUCUCAUAGGUAAAGUGACCCCUGACCAUUAAGUCCAGUCGUGACCGACUCUGGGGUUGUGGCGCUCAUCUCGCUUUAUUGGCCGAGGGAGCCGGCGUACAGCUUCCGGGUCAUGUGGCCAGUAUGACUAAGCCACUUCUGGUGAAACUAGAGCAGCGCACAGAAACGCCGUUUACCUUCCCACCAGAGCAGUACCUAUUUAUCUACUUGCACUUUGAAGUGCUUUUGAACUGCUAGGUUGGCAGGAGCAGGGACUGAGCAACGGGAGCUUACCCCGUCACGGGGAUUCGAACCGUCAACCUUCUGAUCAGCAAGUCCUAGGCUCUGUGGUUUAACCCACAGCGCCACCCGUGUCCCUCUCUUCUGUCUCAUACAUUCAAUUAAAAUCAAUUUCCCCAUUCCCCUUUGCACACAGAAAAUGCACAGACCUCAUUUGGACACAACAAUAAAACAUGGCUUAUUGUCAUUGGAAUGGGCCCAAAUGAGCCUUGGACUCUCACACUCUUCCUAUCAGCACAGCUGGGAGAAGCAUGGAAGUGACUGCUGCUGCUUCAUACUAAUGGCAGUCACAGUUAACUAAAACAAUCCAACUUCAAGCCAUAAUUUAUGAAUCUUAUCUACCAAAGUUAAGAUUAAUCACAAUUUAGGGUAUAGUGCACAGAUACAAUCUACUUGCAAGCUCCAACUUCCAUAUAUAUAUAUAUAUAUAUAUAUAUAUAUAUAUAUAUAUAUAUGCUGAAAGUCUCGGAAGCUGCCCAAUUGCCCAGUUAAGAGUCUUUUCCCAUGGUAUAUAUCUCCUACCUUUGCAGAGGAAAAGCCCCUGGCUAUUCCAUAAAACUGCUCUGAAUAAACCUAGUAUGCAUGCAGUUUUCCUUCACUGCUGAGGACUGGGCUUCAAGAAAACAUUUGCCACUGAGAAGAUUUCAAAAAGGAGACUUGAACUCAGUGUAUUUCCUCUCAGCCUCCUCAUCCUAAACCUAGAAAGCCCCUUUGCUGCCAAAGAUUAUGAGAGGAGAGACUUGCCUGGGGAAAGCUCCAAGUUCUUUUGGUCACAGAAAAAGGAAUGCUGAACCAUCUCAACUUCCCCAAUCGUUUGCUCCCAGCAUGUUCAUUACAUUUUAAAUGUCAAGCCUCUCCAGUUUCCCCUAUGAUUUUUUUCCAGACCACACUUAAAACCUCGAUAAGCAAGGAUAUUCUCAUAAGAAAACUGUUAAAGCAGUCUCUUACCAGCACAAUCUCUAGUUUAGUUUUGUAUCAUGCAGGCAACUUCAAUAACCCACCUCUCUUUUUUUCUCCAGAUACUCCAUAAAGUUAUGGAGCAAGGUGCAUGCUCCUAGCCAGUAAAUACAUACAAGAAAAAAUCCAAGAGAAAUUCUUAAUAAUUUACCUAGCUAAGCCACCAUAAUCCAAUCCUUCUUCUCCUCUGAAUAUAACGUACAAUCGUCUUCGCAAGUCAUAGGGUUUUAAAGCCAUUAUCUGCAUACAAAUUGGUGAAUGCAAAUGAAAGUAAUGUUGAACAAUACAAGACAAAAUAGUAAACAACUUCAUAGAAUAUAUUACACAUGAAUUUUGAUACAAUUUGGUGUGGUUUUAUAUAGAAUUAAACAAAUUUAUCCAUUAAAAAUUUAAGGGGUGUUUAACUCUCCCAACGUAUCUUUUUUCUGCCUCUUUUAAUUUGCAGAUACUUUGUUCCCUCUCUACAGUUUUUCAGAUGUCACUUUCUUCUCUCUUACUACAGUGGUACCUCUAGUUACGAACUUAAUCCGCUCCAGAGGUCCAUUCUUAACCUGAAACUUUUCUUAACUAGAGGCGUGCUUUCGCUAAUGGGGCCUCUUGCUGCCGCUGCACCGCCAGCACACGAUUUCUGUUCUCAUCCUGGGACAAAGUUCUCAACUCGAGGUAACUCUUCCAGGUUAGCGGAGUUUGUAACCUGAAGCGUUUGUAACCUGAGGUGUUUGUAACUCGAGGUACCACUGUACAUGCUCCCAGCCAGUUAUGGAUCAUGCAAUCCAUGAAAUGGUGAAUUAGUCAAUGAUGGCUAUAUAGCAUCAUCUCUGAAGGAAAAUGGGGCAGCACUGCGUUUGUGAAGUGGGAGGAAACAUCUAUAUUACCAAGGUAACUGGGUAAUGCUCCACACACUUGGUUAUGAAGAUGGGUUUGUUUUUAUCCCUUUCAGGUAACUGAGUAAUGCUCAGUUUUCUCAAAAUAUAACGGUGCCUAGACAAUGUGGAAAUCGUUCCUUCCUCCCACCUCCACAUGACAGACAGGCAAAUAUUUUCCCUCAGUUUACGUAGCCCCAGAACAUCUUUUCCUUGAAAUGAAAAGCCCUCCCACAUGUUGACUCAGUCCUAUACAGAAUAAUUACACAAAUUAUUUCCUACUAGACACUAGGUAAGUGAAGAUUUGUUAGGACAGAAUCUAGCUAUUCAAAUUAUCAAAAGUUAAAAGCUUUCUAAUAUUUUACAGCUUUAAUGGAGUUUUAAAAUAUGAAAUUUCCUUUGGCAUAUAACAAUGUUAAGAUGAAGCAAAUUCACUAUACAGUUUUUACUUUAGUUACCAGGUUUGAUAAUGUAAACAUUGUCUUACCUGUUGGAAGGAAUCUUCAAACAAUGUUUGUCUGGAUACAUUGAUCUUCACGUGGCUUGGAAGAGCAUUUGACUACAAACAGACAGUAAAUCAUGAAAUAAAAUAUGCAAAUUUAAAAAAUACAAAAUGCAAAUUGAAGUUUACACUAUCAUUUGAUCAGCAUUACCUGACACAAGUAGCGGAAAUGAGCUAGCUUCCACCUAAAGCUGCGUUCAUAAGCAAUUUGUGGUCCUUUAUUUCUGUAAGGAAAUAUAGCUAAAUUUACUAAGCAGAAAAUUAAGAUUUUACAGCACUUUCAACUCCUCAGCAGUUUUGUAGAUUUCCUUCAGAUAUAGUGAAAAGGUUGCAGCAUACACGCUUCAUGCUUCAAGGUCAGUUUUAAAAUAUCAUCUAAUGCUUAAAAAGUCACAUCUCAUAAGGUGUAACUCAUGUACACCUUAAACAACCCGUGUACAUAUUGAAUCAAUUAGCCACCACCAAAAUUCAUAAGAUAUCCACUGCCUACUACCUAAGCAGUAAAACUAUUAUUCCUAUGUACUAUGAAUGCAAAUAUUUUAAAAUCUCCAUCAACAUCUCACUUACACAGAGGAUUUACCAGUACGAGGAUCACUGAAGGUAGUUGUUCGUGUAUUAUGAUCAACAAAGUAUCUUACACCUUCUCUGGUGUAUCUGAUUUCCCAGCCCUCAGGGAGGGGGUCUUCAUUUUGUAAGCUGAAAAUAUAAACGUAAUAUAUUUCUUUAAAACCCCAAUCACCGUACACCUACUUUAGCCUCGGUUUAUGAAUAGAAAACACACAUGAACAUACCCUUGAGUCCGUGGAUCUUCCCACUGUGUUGUCUUUGUGUUGUGAUUUACAAAAUACACUCUAUCAUUUGAAUCAACUCUCCUUUCUGUAAUAGAAAUGAACCAUUUAAAGCAAAGUUAACUAUAAAUAGGUGUCUAUUUCACAAAGCUAUUUACAUUUCUUACCCCAGCCUGGUGGUAAGGGACCAAGUGGAUCAUUUUCCGCAGUCAGCAUUGAAGCCUGGUUGAAGACACAAGACAAAAUAUACAAUAAUUUUUUAAAAAAAUAAAUUAAAAAUGUCUAUAAAAAGCACUAUUUCUAUAUUUAACAAGCUUCUCUUCACAACUAAAUUUAAAUGAUUUUAAAAAAUUUUACAUCCUUUCUAUCCUACCAUUUCCAGCUUCAGAUUUCCAGGUGGCUUUCUUUCUUUCUUUCUCCACAACAGACAGGCUGAACAUGUGCUGUGUGACAGGUAGCACUAUUCACUUUGCAAGCUUUCUUCACAGAGAAGCUGAUAUAGAAAGAAGGCAUCAUCUCCUUGUCUAAUGUAAUUCAUCUCUUUUUUAUUCCAGGUGGCCUGUUGAUAACUUUGCUUCUAACUAGGUAAAACACUCCCCAUGUUUGAGGCCAACACAAGUAGACUAAAUCUGGACUGCAUUUGAACAAGAGGUGAUCAGUUGGCUUUUCCACUUUUUGUGAAAUGUUGUGGGUACCCACCAUAGAACAAUAUAUAUACUCAAGACUGUAUGAUCUAUCACCCUCCGCUCUUCUAAACCCACAUGGUUAUCUGCACAUGGGGAAGGAAUGCAUCUCAGACAGGUAUACACCUAGUUUAAAUAAUUUGGAAUAUCAAUACAAUCUAAGCAACAGAGUUGUCUCGUGAAAUUUAGAUUUAAAUAAAAACAGUUCAGAAUUGUCCAUAAAGCACAGUGAUCUCCACAGAGAUUCUGCACUGUGAACGUCAGUGAAAAGUUGGCACACUGGCUACGGUUCUAUUAUUGGUUAUUAAUCUUCUUCAGAUAGAUUCAUAACAUAAUCAGCUUGCAAAAGGAAUGGGACAAGACUAAGUUUAGUUGCACUUUGUUCAUGUUCAAAUAAAUGAAGCUGACUUCUCACAUUAAUUUCAGUACAAUCUAUGUGAAACUAACUUAUGACUAGAUCCAACCAGUUUGCUACUUCUGAAGACACAAAUGAAAAAACAACAACACAAGUUUCAAAGCUCUAGCUUGAAAGCUAAGCCUUAACAAUGAGGCACUGUAAGUCUUCAGGAAACCCUGCACCUAGGAAUUCCUCCUUUGAAUUCAGACAUACCAGCAAACCAGCGUUACUGAAAACUUCAGCCACAAAAUCGGUUUCAAACUGUGGUUUCAGAUCCAGGUUUGCCAAGCCCCAAACAAACUUUGGUCCAUGGCCACUCAGUGAAAGACAACGGCUGCAUGGUUUAUUAUAAGAAUCAUGUGCACUGCUUCUUCAUCUUCCCCUUCCCCUUGAACACCAGCUUUGGUGCAGAGUUCCCCAGCAUUAAGCCAUAGUUGUUCAUUAUACCUAAACCAGGGGAAUCUGGAAUAACAAUUAUAAACAAAUGGACAUAGUAAGUCAGAACUCAAUGGUUUACGAAGCUAUGGACAAAUGUCCAAACAAGCCAAUCAAGAAACCAUAGCUUUGCAAUACAUCUGAACCCAGCCAUGAUAUAUAACAUGGUCUCAGUAUGUAACUACAUAUAACAUGUAUCAAACAUCUAAUGGAAGGCAAAGAGAAAAACAAGAACUCAAAAUGUUUCAUAACUUUGUAAAUUUACCGAAUAGAGGUAUCGUUGGUUAAACUGUUGCAUAGCUCCCUGCAGUUGAUUUCGUUGGGACUGCCAUUGUUCAAAGUUUCUGACAGAUUCCAUCGUAGGUCGUUGCCAUGUUGUUGUUCUUGUAUUAUGGUCCACAUAAUAAACUCUGCCACGAUCAUCCACCCUUCUUUCCCACCUAAGAAACAUUGGAAGCUAUUUUCUUUCCAGUCAAAAUGCAAAAACAAUUUACUACAUUUUCUUCAUUAUUUUGCCUUAUAAAUCUAAGCCUUUCAAAUGUUCUUUCUAAUUACAAUAUUAUAAAAUAAAGUGUGGGAUCAGAAAACAAACACAGACUUAAAUACCUGCCUCUGAGUUUCUGCCAGUGUUAAGUAGCACAAAGUCAUUUUUUGAAACAGUUUAAGUGACAGAAUAGUGCCUGCUAAAUCUUAGUUGUACUGUCUCCUGCAGUAGCAACACAACUGAAUUUUGCUUCUUCUGGUAUCAGUGCAAGUUCUGAAACAUGCACGCAGGAAAAAUAUGCAAUUUUCUUCUCUCAAGAAAGGAAGGAAUUAGAAUGCAAAAUAAGCACAAACUAAAUUUGCUUUACAAGCAAAGAAAAAAUCCCAAAAUAAAGGUCUAUGACAGAAUUCUAAGUGAGAAAUCUGCUGCAAAGACAGUUCUCAAUCUUGUAAUCAAAGCAUUUGAAAACUAAGGCCAGACACCCCAUUUGUAAGCGUAAAAACAUGUAAUUGAAAUGCAUAUUCUUCUUAUUUAUCCCAACCUCCUUAGCAAAUUGUAGAUUGUAUGCUCCUUGGAGCAUGGAUUUAUCCUCUAUUUUGUAAAGCACGAAACACGCUGAUAGAGCUAUAAUAUCAAUAGUUACAUGGGUUCUAAAUGAGAGCCAUUUGAAGCUUUGGAUAGAGGCUACUCAUCCCUCCACUUAGGAGCAAGCUGCUGGUGAGACUCGCUGAAAGUCAUCCCAAAAAAACGUAACUAAUUAGAAUACAGAGAUCCAGCAGUAUGGCCUAAUUCAGAACAAUCUGAACUUUUCUAUAAAAAAAUGAACAGCACAAAUAGAUAAAAAGCAAGGUAUGCCCUGCCAUUUCAGCAUUUUCCUCCAGCUUCCUGAUAGCACUACCAGCAGAUGACAAAAUUUAGUUACUUGCAUACCAAAGUUUUUAGAGGACAGUAGUAUUACAGUACCAACAUGCAAAGAAAACUACAGAAAAAUUCAUUUACUAUAGCUUGGAUCCUAAAGUAUUACAUUAAUAAUGUCCAAACAACUCCCAUCACCUCUUCCUUCUGUAGACCUCCAUCUAAUUUUGGGUGACUUCCCCACCCCUGUAUCAGCAGGCCCUACAUCACAUCCAAUUGUUUAGGAGGGUCCCUCACCCUCCAGAGGGCACGGAUGACCAAGGGAGAAAGAACAAGAAAGGGGAACUUGUCUUCUGUGAAUGUCUUUGAGUUAAUGUACCUUAGGAGCCACAUUUAUGGGUCUUUAAAAAAUAAAGAUACAUGCGUGAGCAAUUUUUUUGCAUCUCUGUUUCUAAGGAAAAUUAUUAAAUACAGUCAUAACUCGUGUUGCAUUUGCUUCAUGAUACUUUUUUUCAGGUUGCGUCCCGCGGCGACCCGGAAGCACCGGAAAGGGUUACUUCUGGGUUUCGCCGCUCGCGCAUGCGCAGACACACAAAAUGACGUCACACACAUGUGCAGACGCGGCAAAUCACGACCUGAGCACGCGCAGAUGCGGGUUGCAUUCUGCUCAUGUUGCGAAUGGGACUCCGGAACGGAUCCCAUUCGCAACCAGAGGUACCACUGUACAAGCAUUAAGGAAUUGCACAGAAAAUUCCAUAACUAACACAAUCCUCUAAAAAAUAUUUCAAUUUGUGUAUUUAGUAAGUAAAAUGACACACAGCAAGUCAACAUACAACUUAUCUAUUACCCUGGUGGCAAAGGCUGCGGUCUUUCCCAGGUUGUUGUUCUUGUGUUGUGAUCAACGUAAUAUGUUCUACCAUGAGGAUCCUUUCUCUGUUCCCAUCUAUAAAAAUACAAAAGAGGUAAAACACCAUUAACAGAAAAUAGUGUUGUCACUUUCUGAAAGAUUCACUUAAUGAAUCUUUCCUUUCAGGAACGCUCCAAUGCAGUUAAGGGGGCUCACUUUCUUCAUUUUCAGGAAGCAGCUUCAAUUCAAACCAUUUUCUCCAAAAAGAGCAUUUUUCAUCUGCAUCAAGGCCUUUUGAAGUCAGUUUGGAGGACUGGAUCCAAAUUUCUUUGUUUAAGUGGCUUUCAAAUGGGCUUGCUGUAACCAUGAAUCAUGAAUCAGUUUCAGGAGGCCACUGUGUUUUCCACUGCCAAACAGUCCACCUUCAAAGGAGGUUGCUGUGACCACUAGUCAGCUGACUGGAGGCUAGUGGCCUCUUUUGAGCUUUGACAGCUGUCAAUCACCUGGUGUCAUUAUGACUUUAGGUGGCUAGCAGGUGGGUGGUUGUGCACAAUUGUCAAAGUCAGCCCACAAGUGGCAGCCCACAAGUGGCAGGGGUUUUAAGGAUGCAGCCCACUGGCGAAAAUCAGUUCCCAAUCACUGCUCUACUCAUCUGCAAGCACUGACCAUCUUUUGGUCAUGCUUUUUAUAUACAACAGGUUAGAUCCAGACAAAAUUGGCUGAACUUAGGUCAAGUUAGACAUGACUUAAGACACAUUGAUUUUAAUGGGAAUUAAGAUAAACUAACUUAAUCUACAUCCAAUUCAGUAAGAAACAGGAAAACGAGGACCACUAUGUAUCAGACUCAGAUGCCAACUCUGUCCAUAUGUCUGCUCUGCAACAUUAUUUCAAGACUGAAUAAUGUUAUCUAGAACAUUCAUUCUCCUGUUCAUCUUCCAACCUGAUAUGUGUCAUCAUUUGUCAGCAAUGCUCUUCUGCAUUCUACAAAGGAAAAACAUGCUAGACCCUAUACAAAACAAUAAAUGAGCAUAAAUCUUAAAAACUAGUUAAAAACUAGUGAGACAACUCUUUAACCAUCCUGGUAAAUAACCUUAAAGUAGCAAUAUUUGAACAAAGGAACUUAAAACAUAAAAAUACUGACUUACAAUACAUCAAAAGGAUCAAUGCAGUCACUUGUGGAUUGAACUGGGAUGAUGGAUUUUAAUAACACUACAUGUUUCAAGUGGCUUAUGAAUACCAGGAUGUCUGUAUUAUCAACAAUUGUUUUGUGAAUUACUGCUCUUGGUUACAUAUCUAAUACGCUAUCUGUACUUUCUAAAUUUCAUUUUCCUCUGACUUCAGUGUUCAUGAUGUAAUAUGAUGAAAUGGACAGCAAUCCAUUAAAAUUUAUGCCAUAAUAAAUUGGUUAGUCUUUAAGGGUUC